AGAAGCAUCGAGUAUGUAGUAGCUCUCCAGCACUAAGACCGAGCCACGCAGAAAGUGUAGUACUCACGCACGGUGGAGAAGAGGGAUCGAUUGUGAGAUUUUGAGAUUUCGAGCUCCGUCGAGCCUCUCUUGCUCUUUUUCAACACCGGCUUUUCUAAUCCAUUGCGUGAAUCCAACGUAAACUUCCCCAAUUUUCUUUCACUUCUGCUCGCCCCCCAAGUUUAUUUGCUCUCUUUCACCUUUUCCAAUCGACCUCUUUGAGCUUCCAACCAUAAACCCUAGAAAAUGUCUGGCGGGUUUUUCCGGGGUACGUCCGCUGAUCAGGACGCGCGGUUCUCCAAUAAGCAAGCCAAGCUGUUGAAAUCGCAGAAGUUCGCUCCUGAAUUAGAGCAUUUGGUGGACAUGACGAAGGUGACUAUGGAUGUAAUCCGGCCGUGGAUUGCCAGUAGAGUGACUGAACUUCUUGGGUUUGAGGAUGAAGUUCUUAUCAACUUUAUUUAUGGUCUUUUGGAUGGAAAGGAAGUGAAUGGUAAGGAGGUCCAAAUUCAACUUACUGGAUUUAUGGAAAAAAAUACUGGAAAAUUUAUGAAGGAGCUUUGGGCACUUCUUUUAACUGCCCAAAAGAAUGCUAGUGGUGUUCCUCAACAGUUCUUAGAUUCCAAACAAGAAGAAACUAGGAAGAAGAAGGAGGAGGCAGAUAGGAUAGCAAAUGAAAUUCAGAGGAAGAAAGAUAAGGAGAGCAGAGAGUAUGAAGAAGAAAGAUUGAAGAAGAUGGACGGAGGGGUUGAAACAAAAGCAAGUAAUGAUGCUUUGGAGCCAAACUCAGAGCAUAUGUUGACAAGGGCUUCAAGUGACCAUUCUGAGGAUGCAAAAGAAGCUGUCAAGAGGAAUGGUGUGAGAGCUACGCAUAGGGUUUCUAGGUCUCCACGUUUGGCUGGUCGUUAUUCUUUGUCCCCUCAUAGAGGCUCCCCUGCAAGGUCUAUCAGCAAGUCACAUUCUGAUACCAGAAGUUAUUCAGGUGAAAGAAGCAGGUCAAAAAGUGCAUCCAGGUCACCAGAGGAACAAGGACGGUCCAUUUCUUCUGAAAGGGUUUAUCUCUCCCCAAGAAGACGGUCUGUUACACCACGGCGGAGGGAUUCACCUCGAAGAUCAAAGUCUCCUAUAAGAGGGAGACCAUUGAAGUUGAGGGGAAGAUCUAGAUCACCUUCUUCCUUGCGACAUCGGUUAGUUUCUCCUUACCGACGUAGAUCACCUUCUAUCGGCCGUCGUAGAUCACCAUCACCUCUACGACAUCGACGAUCACCAACGCCUGUGCGACGUCGGAGAUCCCCAUCGCCUGUGCGACGUCGUAGAUCACCAUCACAUGUACGACGUCGUGCCUCACCCUCACCGUUGUGGCGUCGUAGAUCGCCCUCUCCCGUGCGACGUCACAGAUCGCCCUCACCUGUGAGGCGUCGUAGGUCACCCUCACGACAUAGAUCACCCUCUCCUGUGCGUCGUCGUAUAUCACCCUCUCCAAUUCGACGUCGUGUAUCACCCUCUCCAAUUAGGCGUCGAAUGUCUCCCUCACCCAUACAUCGCCGUAUGUCUCCAUCACCAGUAAGGCGUCGUGCGUCUCCGUCAUCUGUACGGCGCCGUGCAUCUCCAUCACCUGUACGUCGCCGUGCAUCUCCCUUACGUUCACCUGUUGGAGGCAUGUCUCCCUCACCUUCACCCCUUCGGCGUCGUGUGUCCCUAUCACCUGUGCGGCGUCGCAUGUCUCCAUCACUUGUGCAACAUUCUGUGUCACCAUCACCGAAACGACGCAGAUCACAAAGAUCAUCAUCUCCUGCACAUAGGUAUGCAUCUCCUGUGCAGUGCAGAUCAUCUGCUGGUGGUAGGAGAUCAACUCCUGGAAGUAGGUCUCUGUCACCUUAUGAGCGGAGCUCUUCAUCUCCUCCUCAUGGUUCCCCUUUACCAAUCCGGAGGAGGUCUCCAAAGAACCAGGGCUCUUUGGUUCAAUCACCUUCCAGAGAAAAAAUCAGGACAAGAGAGAGACUAUCUCCUAUUUCACGUCGAUCUUCUAGUGAAGAAAGGAGUGCUAGUGAAGGAAGGAGUCCCUACAAGAGUCCUCUUAAGCAGCCUAGGGAGCGAAUGAAAUAUGAUAAUAACUCAAGUCCUGCAAGGAGACCAAGAGAACAGAAACUUGUUCGUGACAAUUCGGAGAUGAGUGAAGAAGAAUUCAUGCUUUGCAGGAAGGAUGGAGAUCAGAAAACCAAGUCUUUGGACAGGAGACUAAAGCCAGCAUCCACUAUCAGCAAGCAUAGAGAUUCUCCUGCAAAGGUGCCUCACAGGGAGGAUUAUUCUCCUGAAAGAUUAGCUGGUCGCAGGGUGUUAGAAUCUAGGAGCCAUCAGGAUGAUAUGGAAGUCAGAAUCAAAGACCAUGAGACAACGAGGGUUAAGAGGGGUUCCAAUCGACAGAAGUCGCCCACAGUGUACAGAGACUCUCUGCUAGAUGAGAGACAACAGGCACCAUAUGCUGCAGAAGAUAGAAAAUCUGAUGAGAAGAAUCGCCCUCGAUCACAUAAUGUCAAGGACAUCGGUCAGCAACAUAAACUAGAAUCUGGAGACACAUUGAUUGAAAAGGAUCAAAAGAAUCAAAAUGACACUUCUGGUUCUGAGGAAGAUAAGCACAAAAUUGGAGAUAAAGAAAAGAGAAAGCAUAAAAGAUCAGAAAGGCAAGAACUGGCUUCAGAUGAUGAUUACAGUAAUGACUCUGAAAUAGAGGGGAGGAAGGAGGCCAAAAAGAGAAGGAAAGAGGAAAAGAGAUUGAAGAGGGAGAAGAAGCGUCGGCGACGGGAGGAGCGACGUCGGAGGAGGGAUGAACGUCGUGCAGAGAAGCUGAAAGGCAAGAGUCGUAGUGAUUUUUCUGCUUCAGAUGGUGAAUAUGAAACAAGGACCGAAUCUCGUUCAAAAGAUAAUGAAGAGACAGAAUCUGAGCAGAAGAAGCUUGAGAUUGAGUUACGGAAUAAGGCUCUUGAAUCCCUUAAAGCAAAGAAAGGCAUUGGUCACUAAAUUUAUUUGCUGUAUUGGAAUACCAUGCUUUUUCCUGUUAAACAGUGACUUCUAGAUCUGUUAGGAAUAUGAUUUGUUUGCCGGGCCGGCUUUGUGCUUUACGCUUUACGAGGUCAAAAAAAAAAAAAAAAAAAGAAAAAAGAAAGAAAAAGAAAA